UCUAAUCUAAAUAAAGACACAGACUACAUGACUUCCUCAAUGUUACAUCUGAGCUUCAAAGCGAUGGCACAUUACAGUCGUUGCCCGCACAAGCACUAGAAUAGUUAUGAGUCGAACACGCUGUGAUAUCAUGGAUCGCUGAGGCAAACCAAAAUGAAUCUAAACACAUCUUUGCCUGCUUUGCCUGACAUUAUGGGCCACAUUCCACAGGUGUACAGGACUGCUAGCAUAGCCUUCUAUGCUAUUAUCUUCACCAUAGGCUUGGUGGUCAACCUGACUGCUCUCUGGGUCUUUGCUUUGACUACUAAAAAACGGAACUCAAUUACGGUUUACAUGAUCAAUGUCGCUUUAGUAGACUUGGUCUUCAUUUUACUGCUACCCUUUCGAAUAGUCUACUACAGUCAAGAGUACUGGCCCUUUGGGGAUGUCUUCUGCAGGAUUAAUGCCGCGCUAACGGUGCUCUAUCCAUGUCUGGCCCUGUGGCUUUUCGCCCUGAUCAGCACAGAUCGCUACGUGGCCAUAGUGCAACCCAGACACACAAGAGAACUAAAGAGUGUCCGAAAAGCCUUACUGUCCUGUGCCGGGGUCUGGAUUAUGACUCUGGGAAGCACCGUUCCUCUCGUUCUGCUAGAAGAAGAUCCAGACCGUGCCUCAAACCAUACCACUUGCAUCAAGAUGCAUGACAUCAUCUACUUGAGGCGCGACAAUCCCGUCCACUUCACACGUCUCGUCUUCUUCUUCCUGGUGCCGGUGUCCAUCAUGGUGGGAUGUUACAUCACCAUAGUGGACAACCUCAUUCACGGUCGCACGUCCAAACUGAAGCCCAAGGUCAAGCAGAAGUCCAUUAGGAUUAUUAUCACUCUGAUCAUCCAGGUUCUGGUUUGCUUUGUACCUUUCCAUAUCUGUUUUGUUGCCCAGCUAUUGCAAAGCGGUGGGCUUGGUUACAACACAUGGGGGGCCUUCACAACCUUCUUAAUGAACGCAAGUACAGUGCUGGACAUCAUACUCUUUUACAUUGUGUCAAAGCAGUUCCAGGACCGCGUCAUCAGCGUCAUCCUGUACAGGAACUACCUUAGAAGUGUUCGCCGUAAGAGUCGUCAUACCAACAGCGUACGCUCGCUUAGCAACCUGACCAGCGCCAUGAUCUGAGACAAAAAACAGGACAAAAACAUCUGUAAAAAAUAUUAAGUUACCUGGUUGCCUUAAAAUUUUGAGUUCAUUCAACUUAAAAAUAUCAGUUGACUUGUUGAACUUUUUUUAAGUUGUAUUAACUCAAGGCAACCAUGAAACUUACUUUGUUUUUACAGUGUAUCUGCUUACAGUGAUUGUACAUUUAUUGGUUGAAUGUAAAUAUUAAAAUUGCUUAUAUUUUUACAUGAACUCUUUGCAGGUUCUUUAAAGAACCAUUUCUUUCUUACUUUUUAUAGUCUGUAGGAACUUUUUCAACUAAUCCAAAUGUGUGCACUAAAUUGAUUCUAUGGAUGGUAAAGGGAUAGUUUACAGGAAAAGGAAAAUUCUGUCUUCAUUUAUCAAGUUGAUGCAAACCAAACCUGUAUAAAUUUCUUUGUUGUUCUGAACACAAAUGAAAAUAUUUUUAAAAAUAUUUAUAACCGAACAUACCAUUUAUUUUUAUAGUAGUGAUGGUGCCCCACAUGGUGCUUGGUUUGCAGCAUUUUUCAAAAUGUCUGUUUAGUUAAUAUAUAGUUUGGAACAACUUGUAAGUUAAACAUGACAGAAUUUUAUUUUUCGGUGAACUAUCCCCAUUAAGCAAGGUUGGCCAAGCUUGGUCCUUGAGGGCUGGUGUCCUGCAGAGUUUAGCUCCAAACCUAACCAAACACACCUAAAGCAGCUAAUUAAGAUCUUACUACACUUUAAAAUGGCUGGGUUAUUUUUGACCCAUAAUGGGUAAAUAUUGGACAGAACACAUGCUGGGUUUCAAAAUGACCCAAUGUUGGGUUAUUGUUAUGCAACCAUGGGGUAUAAUAACCCUGCAUCGGGUCAAUAUUAACCCAGCAGUGUGUUCUGUCCAACAUUUAUCCAUAAUGGGUCAAAAAUAACCAAGCCAUUUUUAAAGUGUAAGCAUACUACUUACUUCCAGGCAGAUGUGCUGAGGCAAGUUGGAGCAAAACACAGGCCAAGCCAAUUUUAAUGGCACAACUUAGCACCUUUAUUUUUAAGAAUGUACUGUGAUUUUAUUUGCUGAAUGUCACUUAAUGGCUCAAAAAUAGUCAAAAAUAUGAGCAAUGUGUGUUUUUUUUAUAUAAAAAAUGCCAUUUUAAUUUGACUGGGAAAUAAAUUGCAUGCAAAAUGCACAUUCUGUAGUGAAAAUGUUUAAAGGGGGUACACUUUAUAAUAUUAAAGCACUUUAUAAUACCUUUAAUGCAUAAUUAUGCACCAUUUAGCUGUGUUUUAGAAAAUGCAAUGAAGGUCAUUUAUCAAGCUGACCACAAUGACAACGAAAUUAAAUGAACAAUAUGCUGUAGUAGUGCAUGAAUUUAACUGUUCUGUAAACUCAAACUGCAAUUUAUAAGAAGCCAAUAGGUGGUGCUACUGCACAGGGUACGUCUUUGUUACUGUUACAGCGUUUUGUCUCAAUAUCACCAUCAGGUGGUGUCAUGUAAUAACAGUCAAAUUUAAAGACCAUUAGAAUGUGGUGCAUUAUUUCAGGUUAAAGUGGCAUCAUGUACUUUAUUUUUUUUAUUAUUAUUUUGACCGUUGAUGUUUCAUUCAAAUUGUUUUUGUUUUCUUAAACGUCCUAUAAAAUACAUGCCGAGUGCUGACUGAU